GCUCCGCGUGCGCCGGGCGGCGCUGCGGGACGCAGUCACCGAGCAGAGGUUCCUGCAGCCGGAGCCCCCUCGGACCCAGCGGCAAAUGAAAUCACUUCAUUGCAGCGAUGGGGCGAACGAGCGCUCGGCGGCACCGGGAGCCGGUUCCGGCGUCCACCGGUCGCUAGUGGUUAUUUGGCUUUUCCGUGCUCCCAAUGUGAUUAACGAUGCCCUAAGAACAAAGCAGCCGGGUAGUGUUUCCACUUAAUGCCAUAAUUCAGCUCCACGACAGGACAGCAGAAAUUCACAGACAGGAAAAUUAGAUGUUGCCAAAUGACCCUCCCACAGAUAAAUGGCUUUAAAGAAAAUCCUCAACAGGCUCUGCCUCUGAAAACAUAUUUUCAUUCAAGUGAAAGGCGGAUGCUAUGGAAACUGCUGCUCAGCCUUGCGCCUGCACCGGCUUAGUCUGAGGCAAAGAAAUGACAAAGGGCUGUGCCAGGGCACAGUGGCGGGGCUCUAAGUGGCUGCUUCCCCAAGCUCGCAAGCAUUCGGUAUUUUCCUUUAUUUGGUUUUGCAAAACCCUGGCUGAGUGCAGUCCCCUGCUGCGGCUCCUUCCCCAUAUGGACACCAUUUGUCUUUUGUUUACUCCAGCAGCUGCAACGUGUGCUCUCCCCAAAACCCUCAUCCUCUGUGUUUAUAGAUAAAUUAUACCACACACGAUAGCAUCAUCAAGUAGCUGCAUCCUGCUGGUUCCAGAGCCCGCGUAGACUGAUCACUUCAGACCCGCCCGUGCGCUUUCACCACAGUCUCUGCCCAUGGAGGGGACAUUUCCCCAGGAAGCUGCUUAUUCCACCUGGUCACCAACACCUACCUCAGCUCAACGUCCCUUGCUGCAUGGGGCAGAAGGAAGAUUUAAGUCUGCAAGUUCCAGCUGGCAUCAGUAUGGGGAAGAUCCACCGUAGCUUCAUGGGGAAGAUCCACCGUAGCUUCAUGGGGAAGAUCCACCGUAGCUUCAUGGGGAAGAUCCACCGUAGCUUCAUGGGGAAGAUCCACCGUAGCUUCAUGGGGAAGAUCCACCGUAGCUUCAUGGGGAAGAUCCACCGUAGCUUCAUGGGGAAGAUCCACCGUAGCUUCAUGGGGAAGAUCCACCGUAGCUUCAUGGGGAAGAUCCACCGUAGCUUCAUGAGAAAGAUCCACCGUAGCUUCAUGGGGAAGAUCCACCGUAGCUUCAUGGGGAAGAUCCACCGUAGCUUCAUGGGGAAGAUCCACCGUAGCUUCAUGGGGAAGAUCCACCGUAGCUUCAUGGGGAAGAUCCACCGUAGCUUCAUGGGGAAGAUCCACCGUAGCUUCAUGGGGAAGAUCCACCGUAGCUUCAUGGGGAAGAUCCACCAUAACUUCAUGGGGAAGAUCCAUCGUAGCUUCAUGAGGAAGAUCCAUCGUAGCUUCAUGGGGAAGAUCCACCGUAGCUUCAUGGGGAAGAUCCACCGUAGCUUCAUGGGGAAGAUCCACCGUAGCUUCAGCGCUCGGUUCUCCCCAUGCAGGUUUGGGACUGGGCAACCCCUGAAGGUCCUUCCCACCCUGCGUGUCCUUUUGCUGAUGACUAACAACAGCGAGCAAACACUGCUGCUCCCACCACCUGCUAGGAAAAGGAAAAGCAAUUUCCAAUCAUUAUUUGUAACACGAACCUACGUUCUGCCGCACAAAGAGCGGGGUGCUCCGGGCGCCCCCUCGCUCGCGCAGGGACGCUGAGCACAGCCGCCACACGUCGGUCACGCUGCGUGGUUCUGCAGCCACAGAACACACAUUUCCACAUGAAUUCUUCGCUUCUCAGACACAGGCCAGAGGAACAGCCCAGCAACGGGGAGCAGCGUGCUAACAAAUUCCUUCCCAACACCAUCCUACACCAAGAGACUGAAGUACUGAGACAACUCAUGCUUUAAUAGACACUGAAAUCACAAAGGAAGAAGGCCAAAUGCCUUAGCAAUUUCAAUAAAAAUAUGAAAAUCUUUUUACAUGGUAAAUUUCAUAAUAUAAAAAGUUUAAUGCUGUCUGGAAACAGAGUUUUAAUUUACAAAGAAAGUCCAUAUAGGCCAAACAUGGCUAACACUGCGUACAAGGAGAGCAAGUGCUUAAAGAGCUGCUGCUUGGAAGAGUCUUUGCUGACAGUGCUUUGAGUUACCACCCAACGCUCUUGGGAAGGAGUUCUGCAACCGAGGGGCCACGUUUUCCACGCGCAUUUGCAGCCUUUCUGGACAGCACGGCAAUGCAAUGAACCCGAAACUGCUCAAACCCAUUAUUACCACCUCGCCUGAAACUGCCAGUGUUUCUUAACAGAUUCACAGAUACUUCUGUGCACCCGCAUCUAUUCUGCAACUUGAAAGAGAUGGUCACAGAACAGGUCUGACCUAAUGAAAGGAAAUAUGGCCCAGAGUGAUAUAUGAGGGUGUAGCACCCCUUCAAUGCUUUUUCCUGCUUUAAGGAAGGUAUGAUUAAAAAGAAGGAAAAUCAGUACCAGGCCAGAGUGCAGGCUAACCAACAAAAUCAAAUUAAACUAGAUUUUGAUCAGAGAGAUUGUUUACUGUUCCCAUUUAGUUGGAGCUAAAGACAGUCAAUAAAAGGUCUGUAAUCUCACACGGUAAAACGAACUGGGCAAAACCAAACUAAAAUAUGUUCUGUGGUCUUGGGGAAUUGUUGCAUGUGGCAGGCUUAAUGUGAAAGUGGAUAAUACCUAAUUCUUAUUGCUCACUGUAUUAAGCAGUGUUGUCACUUGUACCAUGCACAAAUACAACAACGACAAAUGCAUUUAAACUCCACAGAAGGAAUUCUAAUAUCAAA